AUGGUUGAGAAGCUCUACGUUACCUACAACGACGUCCACAAGCUGUGCCAGCAGGCCGCGACCAAGAUCCUCGAUGAGUUCAAGCCGCAGCUCAUAAUCGCCAUCGGCGGCGGCGGCUACGUGCCCGCGCGAAUCCUCCGCUCGUUCCUCAAGCGCCCCGGCUCGCCCAACAUCCCCAUCCAGGCCAUCGGCCUCUCGCUCUACGAGUCCCUGGGCGGCGACCCCCAGGUCGAGGAGAUUGGCACAAAGGUCACCCGCACCCAGUGGCUCGACCUCAGCGCCCUGGGCGAGAUGCAGAACCUGGUCGGCAAGCGCGUGCUGAUUGUCGACGAGGUCGACGACACCCGGACCACGCUCGAGUACGCCGUCAAGGAGCUUGAGAAGGACGUCGAGAUUGCGCGCCAGAAGCUGGGUGCCGAUGCCCCCAAGGCCGAGUUCAGCAUCUUUGUUCUCCACAACAAGGACAAGCCCAAGAAGGGCCAGCUGCCCGAGGACAUGCUCAAGAACCGCUACCUGGCUGCCGUCACCUGCGGCGAUGAAUGGAUCAACUACCCCUGGGAGGCCAUCGACAUUGACGAGCACGACCGCCUUGCCGCCGAGAAGAAGUUGUAA